AUGCUGCGUGACGACAAAAAGUCCCCGCAAGAAAUAAAUGCCACAGAAAAAUCAUAUAAGGCUAAUGGAGGCAAUAACUUAAUUGCAAACGACGCUAUUAGAAAUAGUUUCAUCAAAGAUAAAAUAGACAAAGAAAAAGCGCUUGAAAAAAAUGAAAUAAAAGACGAUGACAGUUUAAAGGGCCUUAAUAUAUUUCAGAAGGCCCGACUUAUGAUGUCCUUGAUAACGGUUGAACCGAUUUUAGCAUGUUACGUUAUGCCCUCCGUUCUUUCGGCUUUAGCUACACAAAACUUAUAUUUGGAAAAGGCUUGUAGAGUUAACCUGGGUUUUGGCGAUCAGGUCUGUGAUGCUUUAACCAAGCGGCAAACAUCUAACUACACCUUGGAAGAGGAAGCAGUCCAGACAUUAGUGGCAUCUGUAGCUGGGUGGAAAACAGUGCUCCAAUCAUUCCUGCCGUGCGGGAUAUUAAUAUUUCUUGGCGCAUACAGUGACAGAGUUGGGCAGAGGAAGUUUUGUAUGCUGCUUCCGAUUGUUGGCGAAUUUUUGACCAGCAUAGGACUUAUAGUGAACACUUAUUUUUUCUAUGAACUGCCUGUGGAAGCUGCUGCUGUGACUGAAGCAAUAUUCCCAGCUUUGACCGGAGGCUGGUUUACGAUGUUUAUGGGUGUGUUCAGUUAUAUAGCGGAUGUGACUACAGAGGAACAGAGGACGUUGAGAAUAGGAAUAGUAAAUCUAUUCUAUUCUGUAGGAGUGCCAGUGGGUGCAGCUCUUAGUGGUAUAUUAGUGCGAAAAAUUGGAUUGUAUGGUGUUUUCUCAUUGAGUGCGACUCUGUACGUUUUGAGUUUCAUAUAUGGAUACUAUAGGAUUAAAGAAGUUAAAAGGACUGACCUCUGUGUGAAGAAAACCAACGGUUGCUGCGAGUGGUUGCGGGAUUUCUUCGACACACGAUACGUCAAGGACACGUUGAUGGUUGCGUUCAAGACCGGCCCUAACAACCGCAGGCUGCGGGUUAUCAUGCUUGUUGUAGUCCUCUGUGUUGUUAUAGGACCCAUUUAUGGUGAAAUGUCAGUAAUGUAUCUGUUCACGCGGUACAGGUUUAACUGGAACGAAGUGGAUUUCAGCAUGUUUUCAACGUAUGCAAUGUGCACUUCCCUAGUCGGAACCUUGUUCUCAGUGGGGGUGUUUAGUCACCUGCUGAAAUUUGACGAUGCAAUCAUCGGAGUGAUAUCUUGCACCAGUAAGAUAUUGUCUGGCUUUAUGUACGCGUUCGCGACGAAAACCUGGCAUAUUUACAUAGCACCUCUGAUUGAAAUAUUUAACGGCACAUCAUUUAUUGCUAUGAGAUCAAUGGUGUCGAAACUCGUGGAGAAGGACGAACUAGGCAAAGUGAACUCAUUCUUCGGCGUGGCUGAAGCUAUGAUGCCGUUGGUGUACGCGCCGAUGUACACUACAGUGUACACCGCUACCAUCAAGUCCUUUCCUGGAGCCUUCUUCCUUCUCGGCGGGGGCCUUACUGUGCCGGCUGUACUUAUAUUCAUAUGGUUGUAUUUGGCAAACAAAAAGCAUAUCAGUCAAACCACACAGCAAGAUGGAAAUGAUAAAGCAAACUUAGAAGAGAAACAGGAGAAAAAUGGUAUCGAUAAUAAAGCUUACGAGGCUGAAGAGAGAAACAAACCUACAUCCAAAGUCGAUGCAAACUCACACGAAGAAGUUAACACUAACCUAAACCAGUCGCAAAUUGAAAUGGGCUUCACUGAGAGUAUGUUAUGCACGAGUAAAUUGUAGACUUCAAGUUUAUCGUCCCCCGAACUUAUACUUACAGGGUUAAAUAAAAAAUACUACGAAGCUCUCGGCCUUGCGUUUCCUGUCAUUAAGAAUAACAACUACUACUAUUAAAAAUUCAGAAGUAAUUUAUUUCAUGCAUAAAAAUUACUAAGUACAUCGUCAGGGGUAUAACGUAUCUCGCGACUGCCUUGCGACAUGCGUGAAUGUUGCAAUCACUGCUGUCAAACGUACCUUUUCCAAACAAAAAGUCGACGUUAAUCACCCUGCGUGUUAUUUCAUUAAUCUGCAAAGUGACAUUAAACUGUCAAACCAAAUACAUGUGAUUUGACAACGUUGCGUCUUCGGGUCAGUGACCUCACCAUCGUCGUGGUUCGUGCGCUAUGGCCGAUAUUACAUUACAGACUAGUAACAAGUAAUUAUAAAUACUCUAGUAAAGUAUUGAAUAUUUAAUAUUACACCAACUAUCAAGUAAAAAAAGGAGUAAAACAAAAGUUAGUUUUAACGUAAACAACUACAGGCUGAGAGCUUCUGGUAUUUUUUAUUUAAGCCCGUAUAGCUUAUGCUGUAACUUUUCCCUCACCUUUCUACUGUGAAAUAGUAUAAGAGUGAACGGUAAAUUCAUACCUGUCUAUUAAUACUGUUAUUCAAAUUUUUUUAGUAUUAAAUAGCUUAAUAUACUAUAGUUUAUGUUAUAUUUUAUAGU